AUGGAUAGGAAGAAGACAUUUGUUGGUACAUCUAACAAUGGUAGUAGCUCCAUAAAGGGACUGCAAUUGUUUAUUGCCGACCUUCGGUCGGCACCUCAUCUGCAAGAUCAGGAGAGGAGAAUACAGUCAGAGAUUACAAAAAUAAAACAGAACUUCGAUACCCAACAUCAGAAACAGUCUAAGGGACAAGAUAAACAAGGUGGCUAUCAAAGAAAGAAGUACAUCGCGAAAUUGGCUUAUAUAUACAUAACGUCAAACACAUCGAAAUUAAAUGAUAUUAUUUUUGGACUGGAUCAAACUAUGGAGUUAAUACAGUCUUCUGUUUAUUCUGAGAAAUUUAUUGCAUAUAUGACAAUUGAGCUUCUGUAUGAGCAUAAAACUGUUAUGGACAAGAUUAACGACGCAUUACAAUAUCAGAUACUUCUUGAUCUUAGAAGUAAUGACGAGAACUUUGUGUCUUUGGCCUUAAAUUGUGUUGGUAUAGUCGGCUCUUUAUCCAAAACAUUAUCAAACGAUGAAGAUAUUGUAGCAGAAGUAUUUCAAAUUUUGAGAUCGCCAACAUCAUCAAUGAACCUGAAGAAGAAAUCAUCACUAGCAUUUCUUACAUUACUGAAGAAAAACAAUGCUAUUUUAACCAAUGAGCCACAAAGAAAACAAAUAUGGAUCCAGAGAAUAUUAAGUCUUUUGGAUAAUAGGGACAAUUACAGAUUGACUUUGGCUUCACUUCCACUGAUAGAAUACAUUGCGGUACACGUCGAUCCCGCUGCAUGUACUAGACUGGUACCUCAAUUAACACAGACAUUGUAUAGCUGUCUAAUGAAUGAAAGCUCCUCAAAUAUUGACAAUCCACAGUUAGAUUUCAGAUUCGCUAAUAUGCCAAAUCCAUGGAUAAUAACUAAAACGGUUUCGUUACUAAACAUGUUAAUAAUAUCUUCGAAUGAAAAGUCAUCUGCUCAGAAUGAUCAUCUACUACAUACAAGCACAAUGAACAAAGAAAUAUUAAACACCUUGAGGACAUGUAUUUCACAAGCAAUUCAGCUGGGUGAACGUUCAUUUAGUGAUCCAAUGGAAAGAAUUGUUCAAAAUACCAUCUUGUUCUCGUUGAUUAAUUUUGCUCCCAAGCUUGAUCCAUCUGAUGACGCAAUUACCGAUUCCGUAACUGCAUUAUGCAAACUGCUUUCAUCUAGUCAAAUAAACAUAAGGUAUCUUGCCUUAGACUCUUUAAUUAAACUAUGUUCCGUGCUGGGAACAUCAGCUAUGAAUGCUGUUAGGUUACAAAACUUAGAUAUGAUCUCCCAGCUUCUUUACGAUGAAAGAGAUGCUUCAAUUAUCAGAAAGCUGGCCGACUUACUGUACAUUUUCACUGAUUCAUCCAAUGUAAAGAAAACAGUGGAUGAUCUACUACAAUAUAUAACCUCGUCAAAACAAUUGGCCGAUCCCAACCUAAAAUCUGACAUUGCGGUUAAAAUAGCUGUUUUGAGUGAAAAAUAUGCAACUGACUCAAACUGGUUUGUUACAGUUUCUCUGAAAUUGCUUUCCUUCACCUCUCUAACAUCAAUCAACGACGAUGAAAUAUGGCAAAGACUUUGUCAAAUUGUAGUCAACAACCCUGCUCUUCAAAGAACUGCAUGCGAGCAGCUGCUAUAUUACUUCAAAAACUCACAAACGUCAGAACCACUCAUUAAAACAGGGGCUUUUCUAUUUGGCGAGUUUAUCGAUCAAAUAACUGAUUUAAUCUCAGUUGCUGACCUGUUUAACAUUUUCACUACCAAAUACUUUACUGUAACAAAUUUCACAAAAGCAAUGAUUUUAACUACUGUAAUGAAAUUAUACAGGUGUUCUGACUCAAUAUACACUGGGGCUGUCAAAAUUUAUCAAAUGGAGCUCAGUUCUUUAGACAUUGAAUUGCAAAGUAGAUCAUACGAAUAUUUAAACAUUCUAAGAAUAGCAAGAAUGGAGAAUAACCCCAACUUAAUUAAUAUUCUAUUUCAUCCAAUCCCACCAUUUAAUUCGUCAACUAACCCUCUUUUAAAGAGGCUGGGCUUACUGCAAACGUCUGAUAAUGACUUAACAAUAGAAGCCUUAACAUCAAAUCCAUCUUCUAAAGAUUCAUCUAACCCAUUUACACAACCAACUUCAACUGAUACUUCAGUCACUGAAAAUGGUAAAAAUAUGGUCACACAAGAAGAAUUGUAUAACUCGCAAAUUUUAGCAGCAAGUUGGAGAGAUGGAUUUUCGAGAAUGCUUUCCUUUAAAAGAGGAAUUCUAUUUUCUUCAUCAUUGCUUAAAAUUUUAUACAGACUUGACUACCCAUCACCAGAAGAACCUUAUCAACAAAAAAUAUCGCUGACGUUUAUCAACGAAUCGGAAUGGGAUAUGACCAAUUUUUCUACAAACAUAAUACCUUUCCGUACAGAUAGUAAUCCUGAAUAUGUUGUUCAGGAAAUUUCUUUAUUAUCUGCUUUGGACAUCGCUCCUAGAAGAAGGACUGAACAAACCUUGGAUAUAAUAAUAAGAAGACAAUUCAAUGCUGAAUACAGUCCGAUCAUUUCGAUAUUUUUUAAAUGUGGUGCUAGUACAAACACUAUCAACCUGAAACUAGGAGUUGGUUUGAACUCGACUCUGAGAACAACAGAAGCACCAAAACAACAAUUAACUCUAGCCCAAUUCUUCUCAAGAUGGAAAGCUCUCGGCGAUGCUUUGGGCACAGAGGGUGAAUGCAUCAUAACCAAACUGAGGUUGAAGUCAAUCAAAAAUAUCUCACAUAGUCAAGAGGAAAGUAUUCUACAAGUAUCUCUUAUAUUAAAAAGAAUGGGUUUUGACAUUGUUGAACAGUCCAACCUUCCCAACUCUCUAUUCUUUGCUGGCAUAAUCCAUACAAAAACUGAUGGAAACUACGGUUGCUUAAUAAGAGUAAGUUGUGAAGAUGAGGAAUAUUUCACUCUAACGUGCAGGGCUACCAUAGGCUCCGGGUUAGCUACAAAUAUUGCUUCUUGCAUAAAACUUGCCGCUUUUGCAUAA